AUGGGUCGAUCGUCGCAGUGGUGGCCAGCCUCACGCGUGAACAGCGAGGUGCUCAAGCGCCUGUCGAUACCCUUGCUUGCCCUGUCGGCCGUUCUGAUGACGCUUACUCUGAUUCCGGGCAUCAGCACGCCGAUUCAGGGGGCCGACGCUGGCUGCUGGUGGCCGGGAUCUCGUAUGAACCGUCGGAGACUGGUCAAGUUUACGCUGGUCCUCUAUCUGGCAUCGAUGUUGUCGCGCAAGUACGAAGGCCAGACCGACGCGGUGAACACGCUGCUGCCGCCGGUCAUCGUGUGGCGUCCUUCGCGGUCGCUGAUCUCCCGGUUCCAGCACUCCUGUUUCACCUCUGCGUUGCUGAUGCUGGUAACCGGCAUCAUCUUCUUCGUAGCCCGUGUGCAGUUCCGGUACUUCGUCGCCCUGGCGUCGGUGGGUCUCCCGCUGGCGGUGAUCAUGAUCUUCACGCGUGUGCAUCGCGUCGAGCGGGUGAUAUCGUUCUUCAAUCCGGAGGCGGAUCCGACCGGAUCUGGCUACCAGAUGCUGGCGGCGCGGCAGGCGCUGACCUCCGGCGGGCUGACGGGGCUUGGUCUGGGACAGGGCGUACGCAAGCUCGUCGAAGUUCCAGAGAUCCAUUCCGAUUUCGUCUUCGCGGUCGUCGGCGAGGAGACCGGGCUGAUCGGCGUCGUGAUCGUGCUGCUUUUUCGUGGCGUCGCUUCCCGCGCUAUAGAUCCGUAA